AAGAAAGGAGUGAACUAUCUUGUUAUACACAAUCUUUGAUUCUGCAGUUCCAAAACAGGAAGUCACUCCUGGAGUGCGGAAACUGAAUUUUUGGGCGUAGUCAACAGAUGGAAUGGGAAUUCGUGCGUGCGUAGCCGUGUAAACAAACCGAGAGAAAAAAACAGUGCCAAGGUUCUUUCUAAAACCAAAAGGCUGAAACUGGUCCACAUCGAGGUGAAGCAAGAUGGGGAAGCUAAACAUGUUUGCCAUUUCUCUAGCGAAUGCGAGUGGAGUUUUCUACUCUGGCUCGAUCGUCCAGGGACAUAUUACUGUUGAGCUGAAGGAACCAAUGAAGAUGCGAGGUAUCAAGUUGACUUUUGAGGGCAAAGCGUACGUUCAUUGGACAGAACAGCAUUCAACUGGUUCUGGAAAGAAUCGACGUACGACAACAAGACACUACAGUGCAACAGAAAAAUACUUUGACCAGGAUGUCUUAUUGUAUGGAAUAUGGUCCGGUCAGGGCAGUAGCACGAGUGAACUUCCUGCGGGACGACAUACUUUCCCGUUUCAGUUCCAGCUGCCGCAGGGCCUCCCGUCGUCUUUCGAGGCCCACACUGGCCACGUCAGGUACACAGUCAAGUGCAAGAUCGACAAGCCGUGGAAGUUUGACCACAAGACAAAGAGACCCUUCACCGUCAUCAGUAUCUUGGACUUGAACCAGGACCCACAGUACAGUCAAAGCAUGCAAGGAUCCAAUGUGAAGCAUCUGUGCUGCCUGUGCUGCAAGUCGGGACCCAUUCAAGCCACGUUCCACCUUGACCGUCGCGGGUAUGUCCCUGGAGAAGCGGUCAAGCUCUAUGCCGAGAUAUCGAAUGGGGCCAGCCGAUCAAUGGACAAGUCCUACGUGGAUUUGAAAAUGAUAACAACUUUCCAUGCUACGUCAAAGUCGAAGAAGGUCGUUACUGAAGUAGGCCGUCUCUCGAGACCAUCGAUCGAGGGCCAUGCAGAAGAUUCGUGGACGGGAGAAGAGCUGGUUAUUCCUCCAUUACCCCCAUCCUUUCUGGUCGGCUGCAACAUCAUUGACAUCCACUACAUACUGCAGUUGAACGUGGAUCCCUCUGGACCGGCUCUUGAUCUGGAGGUUCCUUUGGAGAUCGUGAUCGGCACCAUUCCACUGGUCCAGGUCGUGGAGAGAUUCCCUCCCAUGGCUGCGGCUCCUGUGGGCUUCGACCAGUGGCAGUCUCCGUCUGUUCCCUCCGCUGAAGCUCUGUACCCUGUGCCACCCCCUACAGGCAUUCCCAAUUUGCCUCCUCCCUCCUACAGCGAGUGUGUCACCGGGAAAGUGGACAUCCGAGAGGAAGAUGACAAUGAGCACACCAGUGGGAACUUCCAGUUUGCCCCGGCGUACACGUACUACAACUGGGGACACACACCGGCAGGCAUGCCUCCUCAGUCAGGAAAAGACUAGCGCUACUGGGACACUUUCUGACGCUGAAGCAAAGAAGGAAUUUGCUAUUUUGCUUCUUUGCUCUGACAGACUUACUUUUUAGGUAGAAGAAAGAAUGUAAUUAUUGGUUUCAAGGCUCAGCUGAACUUGCUUUUUUAAACAGAGGACAAUGAUUCAAAUACUUGUUCUCUGGCUUAGGCAAAGGUAAAAAAUAAUUUGGUGUGUUUCAUCAAGGUUGUUUUAGAAAAAAAACAAGCUGAAGGAGUUGAGUUUCUUUGACUCAAAUUCUUCUCAGUUUGUCCUUCAUUUUCGUAGAAGGGUUAACUUUGUUACCAGUUCUGGAACGCCCUCUCUUGUGUGUCCCAUGAUACUAGGAAUAAAGUUAGAGUAAUUUUCAAAAUUGAUUUUAAUUGAUGGAGUCUGUAACAACACCUUCAAAAGAUGUACAAGUAAUAUAAUAUUCUUUUGUGCAAGUUUAGUCAGAAAAAAAACCCUAACGAGCUGUCCAUUCAGUUUUGUGAAUAUCCUUUCAGAUUCAUUUCACAAAUGCUGGAAAGAUAUUUUUGCUUUGAGAUCAAAGGGGACUUUUCCCUCUUACAAUUAAUUUUUAAUUUUUAAUCCCCGCUUUUUCUUAUGGUGUAAGGCUAUAAACUUUUCCUUUAUUUUAACGAUUUUAGGGUUUCUUUGAGAUAAUUGACAAUUGAACUAACAAUUUAUCUUUAGAACAUUUUAUUUGUCUGUUAAAUGUGGAGUGGGAACUUGUUUGAAGUUGUCAUGGCUUAUUGAAUCAUGAAAUACUUUUGUUCAUCUGUGCUCCCUUGCAUAAAAGAUCAAGGGGAAGACCUCGUGGAACCUGGACAAGAAUCACAGAAAUUGAUGUACAGAAAAGUGGGAAGACAUGGA